CGUGUUUACUUAAUAUAAACACGUUUAUAUUAAGUAUAAACGUGUUUGUCACAUUGUUUGGUGAUGCUAUUUUGAAAGACAAGGACACAAAAGAGCAGAGGAGUCAGAAAGUUUUUCAUUUUAAAGGUAAAGAGGCUUUACUCAGUAGCAUUCACUCUGUGUGGAUGUGGGCAUAUCUGAUGCAUCUAAGUUCACACUUGAUACACAAACUGUUUGCAAACUGCAGUACUUUCCGCACAGAGCAAUUUGUCUGAGAACUCUGUGUGAUAAUACAUAAUCUUGGCACCAAGCCUCUUAGAAACAGAUAUAUUUUUUAAUCUGUAUAUUUUUACAGCUCUCUCGUUUUUAUCAUCAGCGUGCAGCAYCCUGCUGAUUUGUUACACAGAGAUAAAGUCAGAUUUAUUUGACUAAAAUGGCUGGAAAAAGCAACAAGCACARCUCCAGCAGUUCCUCCAGCAGCUGUGUCUUUAAGAGAGAAAUCAUUUAGAGUGAGAAGUACAGAUCCAUAUAGCUGAGAUAAAUCUGCAUGGAGCAACUUAAUGGCCUCYACCAGCUGUGGGUUUAUGUCACUCUUUUGAUUCUCAUCAGUUAAACUAUUGUCAUUGAGAAACUGAAGAUGGAGCUUAAAGAAGCUUGAAAAGUCUCAAAUGAGAGUCCCGUCUCCCCUGGAAGGCCGUUUUCGGAGAGUUUUCCUGGUCAGUGCUUCACAUUACUGUUUUAAAAUAAGGAUGAAGAUAUUUGUUCACUGAUGUCAGGACUUUGAGAGGACAAAGUUUGGCUCGGAGACUGCAGCGCCAAGGAGGAGCUCAAAAAAGUUGAUUUUACAUAAUACUCCACCUUUAAUACAUAGGUAGAAUUAAUUCAAAAAACUGUUUUGCUCAAUUAUCUAUGAGGCCCACAACAACCRACUGCUCUGCCAUGCCUCAUAUAAGUUCAAAGAGCUGAACUAAAACUGUGGCCAAAGGAAACUCUUGCACAACAGGCCUGUUGUUGACAAAAGAUAGGUUCUGGGUACUGAAAGCCGCGCUGACUGAGUGGGACUGUAUGCAGGAUUUUACAGAGUAAUGUGAGUAAAAAUUUGAUUCUUUUCAUCAAGCCAUAAAUUUAAGUUAAAAGUAACAGUAAAAACUGCAGAACCACGUCACGUUAUUUAUAAGUGAACAUGAGCGAAUUCAGGCUGCAGCAACUGAAGAGUCACAUUAUGUCUGAAAGACGGAUCACAACUAUGUCUGGCUCACCCAGUCCUCUGACCACCCAUGUGCUGAACACAGCACUGGGGGUCCCAGGAUCAAACAUGACCAUCAGACUUUACCAACAAGACCCUUCAACCAAUGUCUGGCAUCUGAUAACCGCUGGGACAACUAACAGUGAUGGGCGAUGUCCAGGACUGAUCACACAGCAGCAGUUUGUACCUGCUGUCUACAAGUUGCACUUCGAGACUGGUCAGUACUGGGCCAGUCUGGGACAGAACUCCUUUUAUCCCUAUGURGAGAUUGUUUUCACUAUAACCRAUCCAGGCCAGAGGUAUCAUGUGCCGCUGCUUGUGAGUCGUUUCUCCUUCAGCACAUACAGGGGGAGCUAGAGGGCAUCUGUCGUUAACCUCUUCCACCAACUUAUCACUAUCUGACUGAAAAAAGGCAUUGGCAACUCCACUAAUGACGCUCUUGGCAGCACUAAUGGCGAAAAAUGUAUUUGUUUAUUUUCCCUGAAGAAAUUAGCACUACAACAUUAAAAUAAAUGGUUAUAUGUACUACCACAAAACUAUGCUGUAGUCUUACUGGUGCAAACAGUAUGAGUUCUGUUAAUGUUAAAYUUUGGUAUUUAUUCUACUGUUUUUAUGAUUAGCUUGCAAUUAAGUKAUUAUUAAAAGUGUUAAUUAAUCACAAUAGACAUGUGAAUAAUGCCACAUUAUAUAAAUUAUGCGUAUAAAGUACGCAUAAUUUAUACAAUGUAACAUAUAGUAACAUGUUUACUUUAAUAGAUUUCUUCACAAUGAAAAUGCCUUGUUGUCAUUUUUUUCUUUAGUGUUGUGCAUUUAAAAAAAAAUUAA